AUGUCGGGGAAAGAAAUAGAUAUGGCUCCAGUGCCUCCAUAUGAAUUGGUCGCUGCACCAAAGAAAGUUGAAAGUCAUCCAGAAGCUUUUGUGUCUGAUAUUAAUGGAGACAGAGGUGAAAAAGCUGGAUACAAUGGUGAAAACCAAAAGGUUGACGGUCCAGCGGCCAACCAGGUAAAUGGCAAUAUGCAUCGUACCCUCAAACAACGACAUAUGGCAAUGAUUGCACUAGGUGGUGCUAUUGGUACUGGUCUAUUCGUUGGUUCAGGUUCAGCUCUCUCCACUGGUGGUCCUGUCGGUCUGUGGUUGGGUUACAUCUUCAUGUCAUCUAUUGUAUAUUCGAUGAUGGUUGCCUUAGGAGAAAUGGCUUCAUUGUUCCCAGUAGCAGGUGCUUUCACCCAUUAUGCGGCUCGUUUUGUCGAUCCUGCUCUCGGUUUCGCAACCGGUAUCAAUUAUUGGUACUCGUACGCUAUCACUAUUCCCGUCGAAAUCGUCGCUGCCGCCAUUGUUAUUUCUUACUGGGAUGAUACCACCAACGCUGCUGUCUAUAUCACCGUUUGUCUCGUCUUGAUUUGGGCAGUCAACUUUUUGGGUGCCAGAGUAUAUGGUGAAACUGAGUUCUGGUUCUCAGCGAUCAAGGUAGUCACAAUCGUGGGCUUGAUCAUACUCGGUGUCAUCUUGAUGUGCGGAGGUGGACCCACUCAUGAUAAGAUCGGUUUCCGAUAUUGGCGAAACCCGGGACCAUUCAAUUCGAUAUCAAUCAACGGAGGAGAUGGAGUUAUUGGCGGAAGAUGGGGACAAUUCUUGGCCUUCUGGAACGUUUUCAUUCAAGCUGCCUUCUCUUUCCUCGGUACCGAAAUCAUCGCUACUACCCUUGGUGAAGCUGAGAACCCUCGAAAGACCGUCCCAAAAGCUAUCAAGCGUGUCUUCUUCCGAUUGGUCUUCUUCUACAUUGCCGGUAUCUUCAUCAUUUCAGUCUUAGUACCCUACACUGAACCUAAUCUUCUCAACGGUACCGGAACUGCUGCUUCUUCACCCUUUGUCAUUGCCAUUCAGAACGCACAAAUCAAAGCUCUUCCUUCAAUUGUCAACGCUGUCAUUCUCGUUGCCGCCUGGUCAGCUGGUAAUUCAGAUUUAUAUGCCGCUUCUCGUACCUUCUACGCUUUAGCCUUGGAAAAUCAAAUGCCAAAGAUCUUCAGAAAAUGCACAAAGAGAGGUCUCCCAAUCUACUGUGUAAUUAUUACUGGAUUAUUCGGUUUACUCGCCUAUCUCAACACUGGUGGAGAUACCGCUAUUACAGCUUUCAAUUGGCUUUAUAAUAUAUCUGCUGUUACUGGUGUCAUCACCUGGUGGGGCAUUCUCCUUUCUUACCUUCGAUUCUACUACGGUCUCAAGAGACAAGGUUUGACCCGAGAUGAUUUCCCUUACCGAGCUCCGCUUCAACCUUAUUUGUCGUGGUAUGGAUUUAUAUUCCUUACCCUUGUCAUGCUUUUCAACGGAUUCCCCGUCUUCCUCAAAGGUAAUUGGAACACUUCAAACUUCUUUGUCGCUUAUGUCUCCCUUCUUCUCUUCUUCGUCUGCUGGGCCGGUUGGAAGGUCGUCAAAAAGACCAAGAUGAUCCCUCUUGAUGAGAUUGACUUCCACACUGGUCGAAGAGAACUCGAUGAGCUUGAAGCUAUCGACAAUGAAACGUUCAAGGUCGAAUCCAAGUACCAGAAAAUCAUGAGUAUCUUAUUCUAA